AUGUCUGCUAUACAUUCAAAAACAGUCGUUCCAGAUAAUGUUCUUUUGGCUAAUCGAAUUAGAAGCUAUCUUUCUAAUCCAUCAGUUUCGUGGAAACCGUCAACAGAUCAACGCAAAUUAAUUGGGCAUUUAUUGUUAAAUAGGCUUGUUCCUGCAACCUCAACUUGCAGCAAUAUUCUUGAUUUUGGGCUUAAAGUUGUUGGUUGUAGGGAUCCGAUGAGUGGAAGGCUUGGAGCUUUUGUUACUCGUGUUAGGCCUGGUUCUAUUGCUGAUACUGUGGGGCAGCUAAGAGCUGGUGAUGAAGUGCUAGAAUGGAAUGGCCAUCAACUUCAGAAUGCAAGCCCAGAGACUGUCUAUACAAUAGUUCAAACCAGCAAAGCAGACACACAAUUAGAAUUAAUUGUUUCUCGUCCACUAACCGGUGAUGGAGAUGAUUUUUUAAAUUUGGGUAGAAGAAGAUUAUUAGAACAACAACAACAACAAUUUUUAGUUAAUAAAAAUAUCCCACACUCACAAUCUUUAAUUUCUGCUACGCCUUUUAUUAGUGGUGGUGCUUCUAUGCAACAACAACAAAAACAUUGUUUUUAUUCGCGGGUCCCCUUUCCUUUUGUGCUACAACAACAACAACCCUAUAAUGAUGCUUUAACGGGCUUUUUUGAUUCUACUCCUUUUUGUUUUUCUCCUUCCCAAUUUAAUUCUGAUAAUGUUUCUGGAAUAUGUGGUCGAUUAGAGAUGGCUCUUUUAUAUUUACCACAAAAACGCGAAUUAAUUAUUUCUCUAAGUCGUGCCUAUGAUUUAUUACCACGUCCAAAUGAAAAUGAUAGAAAUCCUUAUAUUAAAUUAUUUUUGUUGCCGGAUAGGAGUGAAAGAAGUCGAAGGCAAAGUAAAGUGAUUACAGGGACGCAAAGUCCGGUGUGGGAGGAACACUUUUUUUAUGAAGAUUUAGAUGAGAAUGAAUUGGCUAAUCGUGUUUUGGAGGUCACUCUUUGGGAUUAUGACGCUUUCGAAUCACACUCGUUCUUGGGAGAGGCACUAAUUGAUUUAAGCCAAGCUCCAUUAAAUAAUCAACCACAUGUUUAUACUUUGCUAGAUAUGGAUGAUGAUAAUCCUAUUAGAGUGAGACUUCGAUACCAGCAAAGAAGGUAUUCUUCCUCACUAACCCCUCCAGCCGGUCAACAGCGUAGUCGUUCACAAAUGAAUUUUCCUUAUCGAACGCUUCCACAAAAUGCUUCUGCUUCAUUUGGCCCUUCGGAUAGAGGAAAUGUUUCUAAUAGAGAAUGGGAAAGCAAUAAUAAAGCAAAUAAUUCACUUUCUGUUCAUGAUCUGCCGGUAAGUUUUUGUGUUUUCUGGUCCUUACUUCGUGUCUGA